AUGCACAAAUUAGGUUAAACUUUAAUGCUAUUUGUUGCACAUGUUACAUUUGACUUCAAUAUAUAAAUAUUUCAUCUACAUUCAAUUAUUUUGAAAAAAAAGACAUACCAAAUUUUUGCAAAUCAUCCACUGCAUCUUUACAAAUUUUGCUUUCAUCUGAAAAUCUAAAUUCUUCAAAGUCUUGAUCCAAUGAAUUGUUCAUUUCCACUCUGUAAAUCAAUCAUUUAUUAUCUUCAUUAUUAUAUAAUUGCUAUUAAAAUUAAUCAAUAAUAACAUUAACAUUACUAUAGUUAAAUUGUUAUUGUAUGUCAUACUUACAGGCAUUGUUAUUAACAAUAUAUAUUAUCAUGAAGUCAUCAAUAAAGAUCAAUCUUAACUUAAGCAAUUAUUUAUUGGCACUUAGAUAUUGCCAGUAAUACUCGUCAGUCAACAAAAUGCACAUUUUAUAAUUCGUAGUAAUAAACAGUUCACAGGUUUCGCACGAAAUAUCUUUCAGUCACUGAGAAAGUUAGCCAUAAAAAUGAUUCGUUGCAGAGUUUACUGUUCUAUUUAUAUUUAUCGAUAAUAUUCAUUAAUGUUUACAAUCGCAGUGAAAAUAGUAAACGGCUAUAAAGUCAAUCUAAACACAAGACAAACUUUCAAACGUACAUCAAGGUAUUUUGUUAACUAUAUAGUGAAAACAAUUAUUUUCCGUUCAAUCGAUCGUGAGUUAUCCGGUGUCGAUAUCGCAUGUAUCAUCCAAAAAAAAAUAAAGAACCAGAAUCACAAUUUAUUCAGCAUACUUAUAUAUAAUUAAGUAGACAAGAAAAACAAUGUAGUUUAGAUAAUGUAGUCCCAUGUUUAAACAAUGAAAUUUUUAGCUGAUUCAGUUACAUAUAAUUAAAUAUGGUUGUCAAUGUUAUGACAUGAUCACUGCGCUGUUUAUGGCACAUUUGUAGUAGCGACAUUCAACGACGGUAAAAUCGGCGCGUCAACUACGAUGCCUACCGUAUCCAAUCUGAACUUAUUAUUAGUACGUGUUAUAUCGAGCCGCCAAUAUGGCGGCGACGCGAUGAAACCCGCGCGUCCGUCAGAAUAAUCAACUCAAUGUGAAUUCGUGCCGAACUGUUGAAGCGCGUUCAGCGACGGGUUCAGAGUGUUCAGAUGCGUUGUUUUGUAAGAACACGCGCGCGCGCGCGCGCGCGUGGGGUAGCGUGCGCCGAGUGUUUCCCUCUCCUAGUCUCUCCUCUCCUCUUCUCUCCUCUCUUCACUUCUCGACGUUUCGUAUCUUUGUGUAUCUAACUUCUCCUCCACUGCACACCAUCCACCACCUUUAUCCACUUCCUCUCUUUUUCUCUCUUCCUCCUCUCCUCUCUCCUCUCCUUCUCUUUCACCUUCUCUUUUUUUGCGAUUUUGUUUGCCUUCGCUGUUGCACCUUCCUUUGUCGAAACUUUUAAUAAAAAGGGUUCACAUUCAUUUCAGAUUUCUACCUUAUUUGGGAUGUAUGAAAUUAAUUUCUGGGUCGCAACAUUUUGCACGCUCUUCAGAUGAAACCCAAUAGUAACAAGAGAAACCGAACGAGAUAUAUGUUGGAACUAAAAAUGGUGGGGAGCAGCGAAGGAGUCCGAAUUGAAAUUAAGUCAACCUAACGUGCACUCAAGUAUGAGUAGGGAACCAAUCCGCUCAUAACAAGUACUGUCGACGCAGGCGCAAUUCGAACAUCACUUUUCUUCUCUUGUUUUCUAUCCUUCCCUGCUUUUUCUUGCAACUAAUGGACCAUCUUUUUCCCUUCCUUUCCCAUUAACUGAUUCUCUUUUCUCUCUUUUUUUUGUUAUUACUCUUUCUAACUUCUAUUCUCUCUCUCUCUCUCUCUCCCCCUCCUCCUCCUCUCUUUUUGUUUCCCUCUAGUCUGUUGUCUCUUCAAUGUUCCACUCUCUCUUCCUUAAUCCAUACAAUUCUCCAACAAAUUCUCGUCAACGCUAACUAUCCAAUUGCCACUCAUCAACCAUUGUAUACCUAAAUUCUACAGUGCAGCUAUGACAGUUUUCAUUAGACAGACAUUUUAUGGAUUUUGGAACCAAAAAAUAUAGCAUACAUCAAUGUCACUACAAUUUUUUUUUAUAUUUAUAAUUUAUACACAAUUUAUAUCCAUCAAUGCAAAAAAUAUCUAUUUUCAUUUAUUUAUAUAUAUAUAUGUAUCUUAUUACUUUAAAUUACUUUAAACAUUAUAGGUACAGUGUGCUACAAAAAUUUGUUGUUUCCAAACAUAUUUUAUUUGUUUUAUUUAUUCUGUACAUGCUACAUAUUAUCUUAUAUAUAUUGUAUGUCCUAAAGUUUCAAAUUUAUUUUUCUCGAUCAAGUAAAAAAUCAAAGUUUAAUGUUGAUGCAAUGGUAGAGAAAUGUUUUUAUUUGUAGUUUUUCUAUGGAAAAGCGUGCAAAAAGAAUACCUGAAAUAACCGGUUUUACCGGGAAAAUACAUGUGAACAAGGCGUGGCAUAAAUGGUUGGAGGCCAACAGGAAUGAAUAUAGUAGGGGAACUUAACGGAACAUGUCGAAAACGACCGAGUCUGGCAUCUAUUGAUCGUAACAGAAUACAUUUAUGGCUACAUUGUACAAUGUGACGUUGAAAUAAUCAGAAAGUACAAUUCAUGGGUCGUUGCAUAUUAUGUAUUUUUUAAUACGUGUUUUAUCUUCGAACGUAAAAAUAAUUAUUGUUAGAGAUUUAUUCUCAACUAUUUUUGUCGCUUUAUUUACGACGAAUAAAACUCAAGCAAACAGUUGAAUGGUUAAAUAUAAGUUGACAUUCUCAUUCCGUGGAAUACUUGACUAUUGAUUUCAUCCCUACCAUGGAUUCCUCGUCCUUUGGUUGGCAACUCUUAAUACAUAGUAUGCGUCGUAGUCAUGAUAGUAUGCGCAGAAAGGUAAUCGUCUUUAUGGAGGAGACGAGUUCACCACGAUAUAGUAGCGGUCUAACUUGACGCAAGGAGAAAGGGGAUACUUGGAUACGUACGUUGACCCGACAUCCCUGACUACUCCUCCCUCUCCAACAAAUCUGGUUUCAUUGCGAGUUGCGCACAACUUUCUAAGCUUGAACUUCGAACCUUCUCUGAC